UUUAGUUAGUGCAUCGCCCUUUUGCGCUAGAUAAGAAACCGCCUCUGAGGUAGUAUUGCACAACUUCCCAUCACUGUUUAGUUCCCAUGCAGUGCAUUAAAAUGUGAAUGUGUUCUUAGAAAUCCUCUCAGAAUAAAGGAAACUUCGUAGUUGCAAUUACGAUGGCUUUGUGGGAGCAUAUUAGACUAUUUGGAUAUCUUGUCCUUAUAACUGGAAUUUAUAAUGUCAAGGCCUGGACUUACCAUUACAACAUAGACAUUAAUGUGGACUGGAAAACAGCUCGUCAGUGGUGUCAGAAGAAUUACACUGAUAUGGUGGCCAUCCAAAACCAUGCAGAAGUUGAACACCUCAACCAACUUCUACCUUUCAAUAAAGCAUACUAUUGGAUUGGCAUUAGGAAGAUUGAUGGUUACUGGACGUGGAUUGGGACAAAUAAGCGCUUGGACCCUGAAGCAGCAAACUGGGCGGAAAAUGAACCAAAUAACAAGGGAUCUGGACAAGACUGUGUAGAGAUCUACAUUAAGAGGAGCAAAGAAACAGCCAAGUGGAAUGAUGAGAAGUGCAGCAAAAAGAAGGCAACUGUCUGUUAUUUAGCCUCCUGCUCAAAAGAAUCCUGCAGUGAGCAUGCUGAGUGUGUGGAGACUAUUGGGAGCUACAAAUGUCAAUGUCUCCCAGGUUUCAUAGGGCCACGCUGUGAGGAAGUUGUACAGUGCAGGCCAAUUGAAAAUCCACAGCAAGGUUUUGUGACGUGUGAUGGUGACUUUGGAGUGUUUAAUUUUAACUCGUCAUGCCAGUUCCAUUGUGGCACAGGGUUCAAGCUGGAGGGGGCACAGAGGCUACGCUGCCUGGCAUCAGGGCAUUGGGAUAAUGCCCUUCCUGCUUGUCAGGCUGUCCAGUGUCUGCCCAUUACUGAUGCUUCCGAUGGUUGGAGUAUGAACUGCACUCACCCUCUUUCCAUUCAUAGCUUCAACUCCAGUUGUGAGUUCAAGUGUGAAGAGGGAUUUGAGCUCAAGGGCUCAAAUACAACAUGGUGUGACCAGACUGGGAACUGGACACACAAACCCCCCACUUGCCAAGCUGUGGCUUGUGACCCUCUCGUGACCCCUGCAAAGAGCCAUCUGACAUGUGAUGAUCCACUGGGAAAGUUCUCUUUUCGUUCUUCUUGUAUCACUACUUGUGAGGAGGGAUACACACUGAGAGGAGAAACCACACUCACUUGUUUGAGUGAUGGCAACUGGUCAGCACCAUCACCUGUAUGCGAAGCUGUCCAGUGUCUGCCCAUUACUGAUGCCCCUGGUGGUUGGAGUAUGAACUGCACUCACCCUCUUUCCAUUCAUAGCUUCAACUCCAGUUGUGAGUUCAAGUGUGAAGAGGGAUUUGAGCUCAAGGGCUCAAAUACAACAUGGUGUGACCAGACUGGGCACUGGACACACAAACCCCCCACUUGCCAAGCUGUGGCUUGUGACCCUCUCGUGACCCCUGCAAAGAGCCGUCUGACAUGUGAUGAUCCACUGGGAAAGUUCUCUUUACGUUCUUCUUGUAACAUUACUUGUGAGGAGGGAUACACACUGAGAGGAGAAACCACAAUCACUUGUUUGAGUGAUGGCAACUGGUCAGCACCAACACCUGUAUGCCAAGUUAUAAGAUGUGAUGCUCUGGAGUCUGGUCAGCAUGGCUCUCUGCACUGUCAGGACCCCCUGGGAAAAUUCAGCUAUGGUUCCUUGUGCUGGCUGGAGUGUGGAGCUGGAUUUACUUUAAAUGGAAGUAAUUUUACUUCCUGCAUCUCACAAGGGAAAUGGAGCCAUGAAUUUCCUGUUUGUCAAGCUGUCCAGUGUCUGCCCAUUACUGAUGCCCCUGGUGGUUGGAGUAUGAACUGCACUCACCCUCUUUCCAUUCAUAGCUUCAACUCCAGUUGUGAGUUCAAGUGUGAGGAGGGAUUUGAGCUCAAGGGCUCAAAUACAACAUGGUGUGACCAGACUGGGCACUGGACACACAAACCCCCCACUUGCCAAGCUGUGGCUUGUGACCCUCUCGAGACCCCUGCAAAGAGCCAUCUGACAUGUGCUGAUCCACUGGGAAAGUUCUCUUUACGUUCUUCUUGUAACAUUACUUGUGAGGAGGGAUACACACUGAGAGGAGAAACCACACUCACUUGUUUGAGUGAUGGCAACUGGUCAGCACCAUCACCUGUAUGCGAAGCACGGCAGUGCAGCCCCUUAAUUAAACCUUCUCAUGGCACUGUAACCUGCACUCAUCCUAAUGGGCAGUUCAGCUUCGGUACAGUGUGUGAAGUGAGCUGUCAGGCAGGCUUCAAACUACAUGGCACACCCCAAAUGGAGUGCUUAGAGAUGGGGAAGUGGACAGACACCCCACCCUUCUGCUUGGCUCAACAGUGCCCCCAUUUGACCGUUCCAGUAAAUGGCUGGGUGAACUGUUCUCAUCCUCACUCCUUGUUUAGCUAUGGCUCACAAUGCUUUCUGGGAUGUGAGACUGGCUUUGAGAUCACAGGAGAGCCAGGCAUGGAGUGCUCUGCUUCUGGGAACUGGAGUCAGGAGAUGCCCUCCUGUGCUGCUGUUCGCUGUGAGCCCCUUUCACUCUCUCAUCUUCCGGAGCUGGGACCUCCACCUUCAAUGAACUGCUCUCACCCCCAUGGAAACUUCAGCUUUGGAUCUCAGUGUAUGUUCCAGUGUGACGAGAGCCAGGAACUCAGUGGAACCAGUCAGCUUACCUGCACCUCCAGUGGGUACUGGACCAACUCUCCACCAAGCUGUGUUGCAAAGAAGAUGUCAGUGGGUGCCGGCAUGCUGAUGUAUGCAGCUGUGGGAGCUGCUUCUUCGGCUGGUCUACUUCUGUUUGGAGGACUAAUGUUUCUGUUGAUGCGCCAAUUCUUUAAAAAGAGUAAAAAACUGAAUGAUUCUGUUUCACAUUUGGCACAACCGUUUUUAAACCAUUAAACUAAUUAAAAUGGUAAUUUAUUUGGAUUUGACAAGAACAUUAGUUGGUUGGUAUUUAACAACAUACUUUAUUUAGUGCUUGCAAACUGUACAAAUGUUUAGCUUCAGUAAGUCACUUUAGCAUUUACUAUUGUAAAAAAUUACAUUAAUCACAACAAGGACCAAUCCCGUCACUUUCAGGAACAAUUUAGGACUAAAACAUACUUGUUCAACUGUUGUUCCAAACCUGUAUGACUUUAUUUCUUCUGUGGAACAUACAACAAGUUACUUCUUAUUGUUCUUUUUGUCCAUACAAUAUAAGUCAGUGGUAACCAAAAUGUUUAAAAAAAAAUGUUGGAAAGAGAAUUUGAACCCAACAUUUGAAUUCAAUUAAAAUAAAUACAAAUUUAAGUAAAGUAACUGAUAUUUUCCAUCUUGUUUUGUGCUUGCAGUAAAUAAAAAAAUUUAACUG